AUGCAACUUCUCUUUGGGUUGUUGGCGUUGAGCGGAGUAUCGUUGGCAUUCAAGGAUGACAUCAAGGAAAUCUACCAAAACCCACUGUCACACGGAUUCGGCGAGGACAUUGCUUGGGUGAAAUGGGAAGAUGCCAUUGAGAAGGCUCUCGACGAGAACAAGCCGAUCUUCUUGCUCAUUCACAAGGCUUGGUGUCACGCUUGCAAGGCUUUAAAGAAGACUUUUCAACAGUCGAAUGCGCGAAAAGCUUUCAAGAAACUCUCUGAGUUCUUUAUUAUGGUCAAUACUGAGGAUGAGGAGGAACCAUUCGAGGAGGAGUACCGUCCCGAUGGAAAGUACAUUCCACGACUCUUGUUCCUCGACAAGAACGGAGAUCUCCUCAGCGAGUUCAAGAACAAGAAAGCCGAGUACAAGAAAUACGCCUACUACUACUCAUCGCCGGCUGAUAUUCUCAACUCGAUGAAAGACGUUAUUCAGCAUUUUGGAUUCGAGGUUCCUGAGUUGAAACGAGGCGAGAAAUUGCAAGCACGAGGAGGAAAGAAGGAUUCCAAAGACACAAAGGAAAAAGAAGAGAAAAAGGAAAAGAAAGAUGAGAAGAAGAAAGACAAAAAGGAUAAAGGAGACAAAUCUGAGCUC